AUGACGUUGAUUGUGGCUGUGGCUAUCAUGAUCACACUACCGAGGAUGACUGCAACCAUCUUACUGGCCGAGAUAUUCAGAUUGAAGAAUGUUGUCAAAACAGUGUUCAUCCCACUAUGGAAGCAUCCUGAAAAAGCCGCACUCAACGUAAAACCAAUACAGGCAACCGUAACGAGGAAGUUAGUCGCCAUAUCGACCGAGGAAGUUAAUCGCCAUAUCGACCGACGAGAUUGA